AUGUCCGACCCCCAGAACCUCCACUUCGAGACUCUCCAGCUCCACGCCGGCCACACCCCGGACCCAACAACUAACUCCCGCGCCGUCCCAAUCUACGCAACAACCUCAUACACAUUCAAUGACUCCGCCCACGGCGCCCGCCUCUUCGGUCUCAAAGAAUUCGGCAACAUCUACAGCCGAAUGAUGAACCCAACAGUCGACGUCUUUGAAAAGCGUAUCGCAGCCUUAGAAGGUGGCGUCGCUGCCGUCGCCGCCUCCUCGGGCCAAUCAGCCCAGUUCAUGGCCAUUUCGGCGCUGGCCCAUGUGGGCGAUAAUAUUGUGUCUACGAGUAAUCUGUACGGCGGGACUUAUAACCAGUUUAAGGUUAUGUUGCCCCGGCUGGGAAUCACGACGAAGUUUGUGAAUGGGGAUGAUCCGGCGGACAUCAGGGAUGCGAUUGACGAGAGGACCAAGGCGGUUUAUGUCGAGACGAUUGGGAAUCCGAGGUAUAAUGUUCCGGAUUUUGAGGCUAUUGCUAAGGUUGCGCAUGAGAAGGGGGUCCCGCUUGUGGUUGACAAUACAUUUGGAGCGGGAGGAUACUUCGCUCGUCCGAUUGACCACGGCGCUGAUAUCAUCGUGCACAGUGCUACUAAGUGGAUUGGUGGCCACGGAACCACAAUCGGUGGCGUGGUCAUCGAUAGCGGCAAGUUCGACUGGGGCAAGAAUGGCGCUCGGUUCCCGCAGUUCGUUGAGCCGUCUGAGGGUUACCAUGGACUGAAGUUCUGGGAAACGUUCGGUCCCAUCGCCUUUGCUAUUCGCGUGCGCGUUGAGAUUCUGCGUGACCUGGGUUCUGCUCUGAACCCCUUCGCGGCGCAGCAGCUGAUUCUCGGUCUUGAGACUCUUAGCUUGCGAUGCGAGCGCCAUGCUACGAAUGCACUGGCGCUGGCGAAGUGGCUUCAGAAGAAUGAGCAUGUUAACUGGGUUUCAUAUCCUGGUCUCGAGGAUCAUCCUUCCCAUCUGACGGCGAAGAAGUAUCUGCCUCGUGGAUAUGGUGGCGUGUUGUCUGUUGGUAUCAAGGGUGGUGCUGCUGCUGGUAGCCAAGUAGUUGAUGGAUUCAAGUUGAUUUCUAACCUUGCCAAUGUCGGCGACUCUAAGACCCUGGCUGUUCAUCCUUGGUCCACUACGCAUGGGCAGCUCAGUGACAAAGAAAAAGAGGACUCUGGUGUCACGGAUGAUGCAAUUCGUAUCUCUGUUGGUACUGAGCAUAUUGACGAUAUCAUUGCCGAUUUCGAGCAGUCUUUCGCCGCUUCAAAGGCGGCGGCAACUACUGCUUGA